UUUAGUUGAUUGAGGUGUCGAAAAAAUCAGAGCGAGGAAUCAGUCAUACGAGCGCCUACAAUAUUGAGCAGUUCGCGUCUUAUUCAUAAUGAACAUUCCAGUGUAAUUUUACGCUCACUCGCGUUAUUUUUUUUCUUUUUUUCAUUGCAAUGUCAGUCUUGUAAUAAUCAAAAAUUUAGUUUAAAAGGAAAGAAAGAAAAUACGGAGCUGUGUGCGAGACCCAGCAUGCUUUUCUCGCUAAACGCGUUUCUUUGAAAUGUGCACGUAGAAUUUUUGUGGAAAAAAGACUCUCAGAUCGAUAUUUUUAGUGCGCGUCGAAACCCAAUGAUAAUCGCGUCCUUCGACGGAUGUUCAAGUGUAAAACGAUUCAUUAAUUAAUUUGCGGUGUUCAGUAUGCCCUACGGAGUUCUAGAUAACAUAAGUGACCUUACACAAUUCUACAUUGAAGGUGGGCUGAGUUCGAUGUGGUAGGGUCCAAUUAGAGCCAUAUCUAUAAAAACAAUUGUAUAUCUGUGCUUUUUGAGCUUGUUUCCUUACUUCCGGAGACUCAGGAAGGAGGAAUAAAGAAAGGAGGGGAAUGAUUGGCCUUGGUGAACACUAAUUUUCCCAAAUUUUUCCACAAAUUUCCACAAAUUUUCCCUAUCGACGGCGAUGAAUGGUGAUCCCCGGGACGAUGUCCAUCGCGAAUGGCCUCAUCCUCCUGGCCUGGCUCAGCGUGGCCACCCUGUCGACGACUAGCGCGACCGGUUCACCGAGCUGCUUCACGGAGACCUACGAGGAGAACAAGGUGCUCCUGAACUGCGCGCACACGCACAUGCGGCGGCUCAACGUGAGCGGCCACGACGCGGGGCUCAAGCGCGUCGUCUACAUGCUGGACGUCUCCGACAACGAGAUCUCGGUGGUGAGCGAGCGGGCCCUCUCGGACUUCGCGGGCCUCAACAUCCUGAUCCUGUCCAGGAACCGGCUCAACGACACGAGGGCCCUCCACUUCGGCCCCCGGGCUCUAACCCGCCUCCAAGUUCUGGACCUCAGCUUCAACAAGCUCGAGCACCUGAGCUGGGGCUUCCUUCAGAACGUGCCGGGACUGAAGAUCCUGGACGUUUCGAACAACCUGAUCGGGGCGAUCUCACCUCCGCCGGCUCCGGAGAAGGUGGCCCUGGAGAAGCUGCUCAUCUCUCAUAACCCACUGCGCUGCAUCGAGAACGUCCCGAUCGGGGUGCGGGACCUGGACCUCUCGGGCACGGAGGCGACACCCCAGGAUCUGACGCGGCUCAGCGCUUUCAACAACUUGGUUUAUUUGAAGCUCGAUCGCAUGCCCAACUUGAACGAGACCCUCAAGCGGACCUUCGGCGAGCUGGAGAAUUUGGAAGAGGUCUCCUUCAGGGGCUGCAGGAAUUUGGUGAGACUUGACGAGGACACGUUCUCGCGGGGGAACAGGAAGCUGCGAUGGGUGGACCUCUCGCACUGCGCCCUGACGACCUUGCCGAAGAAGUUGGAGCCGGUGUUGCUGAGAUUGCAGUGGUUGGAUCUGCGGGGGAACCCGUGGAGCUGCGACAAACGCAUCCACUGGAUGUGGAGACUCCAUCUGGCGCCCGCCCUCACCGUUCCCGAAUUUCGUUGUGUGAAUCCGCCGGGACUGCGGAAUAUGGGAUCGUCGAAUUUUCUGGCGACCCGAGUUCAUCUCCACUCGGUGCACUCCAAGAUGUUGGCAGGAGUGUGGCUCACCAUCCUCAUCGGCGCCGCAGCGGUGGCCGUCUACAUGAUCAAGCGACGCCUCAAUAGAAUCAAGCUCAAUGUUGACACCGCCAAGUACAGCGUCCGCCACUACAGCAGGCUCAAUGAAAGCUCCGAUAACGUCUACUGAUCCGUGCAACAAGAUGUCGUCACCUUCCGGCCGAAGCAUCACGAACGCCAUGCGACGCUAUGGUAAAAGUGAGUCAGCCUGACGUCAGGCUAUGUUUCAUAAACUACCCCGAGUCAGACUGAUUCAGGCUGACGUCAGUCUGACAUCAUUCUGAAAUCAGGCUGACAUCAUUCUGACAUCAAUCUGACAUCCGUCUGAUAUCAGUCUGACAUCAGUCUGAAAUCAGUCGGGCAUCAGUCGGGCGUCAGUCUGACUCAGGGUAGUUUACAAAACAUAGCCCGACGUCAGGCUGACUCACUUUUACUGGGGGCGCUUGAAAAUUUCA